CACCCCUUUUCUCUCCUGGGCUUUGCAGGGCCGGGAUCCUGUCCUGUCUUCAGUGUCUGGAGGACCAGGGAAAGCAGCUGCUCAACGACUUGGACCGGGUACGUCACCAGCAGGUUGGGAUGGUGGAGGAGGGCGAGUCCCUGCCGGCCCCGGCCCACCGGCGCCUGGUGCUGCAGGGGCCGCAGGAGGCCCGAGGGCGGCUGGACCGGCGCCUGGCCGAGGUGGAGGCGCAGCAGAAGACCUUGCAGAACAUCGUGACGGUGCUGAGCCGGGAGAUGGGCCGGCGCGAGGGGGCCGGGGGCUCGGCCAGCGUCCUGGGGGAAGCCAUGGCCCGCAUCCUGUACCUGGAGGAGAAGGUGGCCCAGCAGGACACACUCCUGGCCCUCAAGGACGUGAUGAUCAGCAACCUGGGGGCCCGGGUCGAGGCCCUGGAGCAGACGUCCUACAACGGGCAAUUUCUCUGGAGGCUCCCUGACAUAGGGCGAAAGAUGCAGCAAGCCCUUUCCAGACAGACACCUGCCCUCAACUCUCCCCCCUUUUACACCAGCCGGUAUGGCUACAAACUCUGCCUCAAGGUUUACCUCAACGGGGACGGCACCGGGGCCGGGACGCACAUCUCCCUCUUCUUGGUGCUGAUGAGGGGCGAAUACGAUUGCUGGCUCAAAUGGCCUUUCCAUCACAAGGUCACCUUCACGCUCCUGGAUCAAGUCGGUGAGCGUCACGUCUCGAGCUCUUUCCGACCGUCAGAAGCCUCCUCUUCCUUCCAGCGGCCCAUGAGCAACUGUAACAUAGCCAGCGGCGUCCCCGAAUUCUAUCCCCUCUGCCAGCUCCACGCCCCGGAAGCCACCUACAUCCACGAGGACACCUUAGCCUUCAAGGCCCUGAUCGGCGACACCAACCUCUAGGGUGGGGCAGUUCGCCUGCGGCUCACGGGACUGGGGCUUGGGCCUCACUCAGGCCUAGAGACAUAGCAGACAGCUUGGACUCCUGGGUUGACGUCUUUCAAGAUGGCUGCCCUCACUGCCUCUCCCUCGCCAAGCCUUCACCCAAGACGGCUGUCCACACCACCUCUCCCCUGCCAAGUCUUCGCCCAAGAUGGCCACCUACAAUGCAUCUUCCCCCACCAAGCCUUCGCCCCAGAUGGCCACCAAGAUCUCGCUUCCCCUCCGAUGGCUUCAUCUAAGAAGCUGGCCAUGAAAAGUGGAGGUUGACCCUUCUUGGUAACCACCAUGGAAGAGGUUUUCAAGACAAGAUGACCCUGAAGUCUCUUCCAAGAUGGCCACCCAUAAAUAGGUUCUGCCUCCUUCGAAAGCUUAGUGCAAGACAGUGGCCGCAAUUAAUGGAGGAUGAGCUCUCGGGGCAGCCAUCUUGGAAGAGACGAAGGUGGAGGGAGACCCUUAAGUGUCGUCCAAGAUGGCUGACCAUGGCGGGCUGUUGUGGCAGCCACCUUGGCAGCUGUUCUGACAGUGAAGGGAGAUGUAGGAUGAUCCUCCAGCUGGUCCCCUCACCUAAGGUCUCCCUCACACAGGGAGGGUCAGCUAUGGGGCAAUCCCCCCCCACAGAGCCCCAUAAACACAAAGCUCCCCCCCACCACAGUAUGGAGCUUGCCUUCAGUGCCUGCAGUUCCCCCACUCCUCAGACACCAGCUGCACAGCCGUUCCUGGGGGGUUUGUUAACCAGCUCUUAUUUUUGUAGACCCUACACAAAGUCAUACAGAACACAACCUCAGCAGCAAUGUGCCCAGCAGCUCUGGGCUUUUCAGGAGUCCGAUGAUCCCACUGGGACAGGGAACAGGAUAGCCAGAAAUGGGGCGUUUUUGUUUUCAAUACGCCAAAGCAGACUGGAAUAUUUA